CACCAGUCAAAGGAAACAUUAAAUGUUUCCUUUGACUGGAAAUUUUUAUUCAACAAAUUUUGUUGAAUAAAAAUUUUAUCCUGAUUGUUUGUUUUUAGAUCAAAAGUUCCUACAAUAAUUAUUAACAGGCAUUGGAAUAUAAUAAGUGAAAGAUCAAGAUGGAGCAUAAAAUAAUAAAAAAGAAAUUCAUCAGGAGUACAAAUGCCCAAAUUAAAUUGUUAUUAAAUUAUAUGGCGACGAACAAAACCUUCGCCAAUGGCAGGUUGUUUGGUCCUUUAGAGAAUUUAAAAGAGAAACAGUGGAAUUCUCUUCGUGUGCUUCUACGUAAAUACGGCCCAGAUAAAUCAGUGAGGCAGUGGAAGACGACAUGGAGGGACCUUAAGAGAAAGAUGAGAGUGCAGAAAUCAGAUGUUAAAAAAAUGGCAGACACUAUAAACGUAAAUAAAGACUAUAUUGCACCUGAUUUGUCUGAUGAGUUACAUAGACCACUUGAACACAAGCCUUUUACAGAUUCUGAUCCCCUUGAGUCAAAUUUUAAUGGAAGUUCAAUGCAGAAUUUUGUGUCUAUAAAACAAGAGCCGUCAACAUGCGCAUCCGAGUUUCCUUCUAUUAAUGACAUUAAGUCUAAUCCAGAAGCCUUCAACUCAAUUUCAAAUCCUUCUUGUUCAAAUAAUUCCUCAAUCCCACUGUCUUUUCAUACACAUAGUUACUCAAAACCCUCUAGUCUAAAUACUUCCUCAAAUCAAUUUCAUGAAGAUGACUGUAGCCAUCAGAACAUAUUACCAGAUAUUAUAAGUCUAAGGAGUGAGACUUUGCAAACACAAAAUGUAUUGCUUCAAAACCUAUCCAAUUUAAUGGAGGAAAGAAACUCAAUUCUUAGGAUGAGAAAUUCAAUAGAAAGAAACAAAAUAAGGUAUCAAUAUCAUAGAAGAUUUUAAUCAAAAAGGUAAUAAUGAUAGUGAGAACAUUAGUGAAGCUGAUUGUUAGUCAAUUAUGCAUGAACUAAGUAAUUAGUUUAAUCCAGACUUUGUCCUAGUUUCAUACAGAUGGAAACGUAUAACAUUUCCAUCUGCAUGAACAAUUCUGUUUUGGACAAUUCUGUUUAUCUAAUUGUUGAUUUAGGUCUAUGAAACUAAACGUGGGUAUUAGAAUACAAACUAAGAAGGAUGUAGACACGUAUUGUAAAAAUAUCCCACUGGAAAUUGGUUUCUUUAAUGUUAAUAUAAAAAAUUGAGUAAAAUA